ACCUAAUCGCCAACAAUACGUCAAGAUUGAUAAAACACACCGUUAAUAAAUCACUUGUAUAUUACCAAAUCGGUAUUUCUUUUCAGGUCCUCGAUUAGAUAUAAACUUUCUAUUCCAUCCGGUCCUGAGCUUAUUUUCCUGAGUUCGAACCAACCGUAAAACUGCAUCGGUGGGUGAUUGUAAACUGUCUAGUGCUAAUCUCAAACGAUUUUUUUUAUCGCGGGCUGUGCUUUAAGAAGGUUAUAACGUACAAGCCAUAAAUGAUGUGAAUUUUUUGACGUGGGUUUUGACCUGGGAUGCGAAUUUUGAUUGUUAUCUUGGUUGGGUGAUAUUUAUUGCUGAAAAUCCCUCACGCAACCUGUCUGCAUGUGACGUGACGCCAGUCACUGUGUGGUACUGAAAGAAGGGAGUCGAUUUUAAUUAAAUGGUUUAAUUAGUGCCGCUUUAGUCCUUGAUAUUAUACAAAACAGCAAUGCAGCAAAGGAGCAUGUCUCAAAACCAUCUAACUCUGUCUGGCAAACGCGGUGCGAAAGGAAAAGUGCGACUCUCGAAAUCCGAUGUUGAUUUGAGACUUUCGAGUCUCAACACGCCAAAUACGUCGAAGCCACGAGUCCCUUUUCAAAAGGAAUAUAACCUCGUUCUUCUUGGCCAAGCGUCCGUUGGAAAAUCAGCAAUUUUAGUCAGAUUCUCGACUGGACGAUUUAUCCAUGAAUAUCAUCCAACAUUAGAGAUGACGUAUGAGAUGCUAGCAGAUAUUGAUGAAGAUACUGCUUUACUGCGUAUUUUUGAUACCGCUAACACGACAGAGCCAGUCCAUUUAACGGAAGGCCAAGGAUUCAUAGUGGUCUAUUCAGUAGACAACAGACUGAGUUUUGAAACGGCAAAGCAGUUGGUGAAAUUGACAAAGGAAUUUAAACGUCUGCGACGUGCGAGCCCGUCAGUCGUUCUGGUAGGAAACAAACUGGAUUUAGAACAUCUACGUGUGGUUUCCAAACGAGAAGGACGGAUAUUCGCGAUAAGAAAUGACUGUUCGUUUUUUGAAACUUCGGCAAUGGAUGAUGUAAAUAUUUGCACAACUUUUCACGAAGUUGUGCGUCAAAUCAGAGGUGGAAAGAAUCGAUCUUCAUUGAGCAGAAAACCUUCGUUUACAAAACUAUUUUCAAGAUAGGUUUCUCCGGUUAAAAAAAGAAAGUAUAUAUAAUAUAUAUACAGUAUUGAUAAAGCUGGAUUUGCACACUAGAGAAGUUUUGGGUCGGUUUAUCUGAACGGAACGGAAAAGUAAAGUUUAGAGAGGAAAAUUUUCAGAAUGCGUGUAAGAUUUUUCUCGGAACAGAAAUAUUUCCAAAUUGAAGAGAUUUUUCCCGUUCCUAGGAAAUCUUUCCGGUGGUGAAUGCAGCUUAACAUGUCCCGAACGUCAUAUCAGAUAAAACUAAAAAUCGUGAAUAUGCCAAAGGGUAUGCAACUGUAGUAACAAUGCAUAAAUUCAGCUGGUGACUUGCAUAACGCUUGUGGAAGACAAAGUGUAGGGUGAGAACUAAGGUGUUGCAUUGCAUUUUUUGUUUUAUAAGAAUGUUAAAUGAUCAGACAACAUCGAAAGACAAACUUGCUGAGCCAUCGGGCUAAUUCAGUGCAAGGUUGUUAAUGGUUGUAGCAAUAUUAUAUAUAUAUAUUUGCAAAAACGGCCGCAGAUAGAUAGAUAGAUAGAUACU